GCAGGGGAUAGUUUAGGAAUCAACUACCAAAACAGAACAGUAAACAUGCUGCGAUUUGCAGUUUUAAUCACUUUGGCCUGCAUGGGCCUUGUCAGCGGACAUGGGCGUUUGGAAGAACCACCAGGCAGGUCCACUAUGUGGCGCUUCGGCUUCAAAACCGAGCCCAAUCCAGAUGAUGCAGAACUGUUCUGUGGCGGAAUUACUAGAUUGUGGCAGCGAAACAAGGGAAAGUGCGGAAUUUGCGGAGAUGCUUGGGACUUGCCAGAACCCAGGCCAAACGAAGACGGAGGAAUCUACGGCAAAGGAAUCGUCGUUAGAACUUACAAGGCCGGACAGACCAUCACUGCUAUCACCAACAUCGUUGCCAACCAUUUCGGUUGGAUGGAGUUUAAGAUCUGUCCCGAGGAACCCGGAAAGAGGGCCACUCAGGAAUGCUUGGACCAACACCCUCUUCAAUUGGCCGAUGGAUCUGGUACUAGAUACAACUUAGGUGCCCAGAGAGGACCAGUCAAGGUACAGCUGAAGUUGCCCGAGGGCUUCAAGUGCGAGAGAUGCGUCUUCCAAUGGCACUGGAAGUGUGGCAACCACUGGGGCGUUUGCGAAGAUGGUAAGGGUCGUCUUGGAUGCGGUCCUCAGGAGUAUUUCCGUGGAUGCGCCGACAUCAGGAUCGAAUAAAGGGAUGUAAAAAAUGUAAAGCUUAUAUAUGUAAUAAAUAAAUAAAUCUUCUUUCUUCUGAA